CCAGUCACAGGCGCAGAAACGCAAGGACGCGGUGCUACGGAGGCGCCCUGCAGGAAAAAGGCUCGCGCUGCUCCGCAGAGACGCUGUGCUGAGGCUUUUAUGAUGAGAGGGGAACCUCUGGAGACUCCCCGCCGCGCGUCACCGCACUAAACGCAUCAUUCUUAUCUCUAUCUCCCGUUUUGGAUACACGGACUGAUACCGUUGCUCAGUUUUGGAAUCAUGAGCGCUUCCUUUCGGAUGCUUCAUCGUUUGGGAAUUUAACUGUUGUUGAAGAUACUGUGCGUUUCAUUUCGUCCGGGAAGCCAUGGAAUUCUCUUUGCGAAUUCAUCUUUUCACAGCUCUGGUCUACUGCGUAGAGGUUUUGUCUCAAGCGGUACAACCUGUGAGGCAUCCAGGCCUGCAGGUGCUGGCCACCGCCUCGCAUUACUGGCCCCUCGACGCCGUGGACGGAAUCCGCGAGCUGUGGGACCGGAUUGGAAACAGACCAGGUUAUGUUAACGGCAGCAGCAUAACACUGAGAGUCCACAACCACACUGUGCUCCCUUCCUCCCAUAACUCUUCUUAUGUGUAUACCAAUGACUCUGCCUACACUAACAUUUCCGCGACAGUAGACAUUGUUGAAGGAAUGGUCAACAAGGGCAUCUUCCUAAACGGGGACAACGGCGGCACCUUCCUUCACUUUGGCAACUACCAGAACUCGUGCAUCAGCGACCCCACGCUGUGCGGCCCCGAGGGAAUUACUUUUUCAUUUUUUUGGAAAAACCAUGAGGUCGAAUCCCGUUUCGCUGUAGCAUCUGGUGGGAAAGUUAUUUCCAAUGGCUUUUCUGUGUACACCAAUCCCCUGGGAGGAUACGUGGAGUUUUAUACUCGAGGAAACAACCACAGAUGGAAGGCCAAUAUUCCUGUUCCAGGGCCGUACUGGACCCACGUCCUCUUCACGUGGACAAAAACGGACGGCCUGAAGGUCUACAUCAACGGGACCUUCUCUGCCGGCGACGCGGCCGGCAGCGUCUCCGACAGCUACGGGGACCCCCACCCCGACCUCGUCAUCGGAACGGGCAACAACAGGGCCUACGGUCAUUACGUAACGGGCGCCUUUGAUGAGUUUGUCAUCUGGAAAAAGGCUCUUUCGCCCAGUGACAUAUUGCUGUACUACAGCGCAGCGAUAGGCCAGGCCUUUGUUUCUGCUACAACACCCAGAUUCCCGGAGAAAAUCACUGCAACGACGCCAGCGGCCAGAGCCACCGGAGCGAGCCUUCCCACCCUCAGCAGUCUGGAGAAGCAGCUCCAACUCUUCCACGAGCAGCUGUCCACGCCGGUGUUCAGCGCCAUGACGGGCCUGCCCAAUAAGACCAUACCUCACUACACGGCCGUUAACCUCACGCAGGCUUUUCUCAAGAGUUUGGAAGAUGUGCUCUACUCCCCGGGCCUGCCAGAGCAGUCCACCCACGUGGCCAGCGGCCUCAUCAAGACCGUGGACACGGUGAUGGAACACAUGGUGACGAACCUGGAGCCCAGCCCGCUGUCUCCCAUCACGCUGGGCGGAUCGUCCGGCGUUGCAGAUUACUCCAUGAUGAAGAUCCCACACAGCUACAGCCUGCCGCAUUACCGCUUCCCAAUGCAGGGCAAGAACUACAUCUCUGUGCCUGGAGAGGCCUUCACGGUACAGUAUCAAACCACCAUCGUCGGCCUCAUUUACCACAACAUGCACAGCUACUACAAGGAGAUCAGCCCCGUGAAGACCAGGAUCAAUGAAGCAGCCGAUUUCAAGGAUCACAACAUCCACGUGGCAAGCUAUCUAAUAUCCCUGAAGGUGGAGCCUACGCCGGCGCUGUCCUGCAACCUCUCCGGGACGCCGCUCAUUAAGAUCGUCCUCACCCAUGUCCUGACAAAAGAACAGCAGGACCGAAUACAAAACGCGAGCAACCAAGUCUUCCUCUACUGCGCUUUCUUGAACUACAGUUCGAGCGAAGCUGUAUGGUCCAAUGAAGGUUGUGUGCGCUCCGAUGGAAACAUGACGUACUCGGAGUGUUUGUGCAACCACCUCACCAACUUCGCCAUCCUUAUGCAAGUGGUGCCCCUAAAGCUCUCGUCCAGCCAGCAGAUGGCGCUGUCAACCAUUGGUUAUGUUGGCUGCUCGAUUUCCAUCUUCUGUCUCGCCAUCACGCUGGUCACCUUCGCCGUCCUGUCGUCAGUCAGUACUAUCCGGAACCAACGCUACCACAUACAUGCCAACUUGUCCUUUGCCCUUUUGGUGGCUGAGAUGUUGCUCUUGAUCAGUGCUCGCUUCGACCCUGGCACGCUGCCUUGUAAGAUCAUGGCUAUCCUGCUCCACUUCUUCUUCCUGAGCGCCUUCGCGUGGAUGCUGGUGGAGGGCCUCCACCUGUAUAGCAUGGUGGUGAAGGUGUUUGGCUCCGAGGGCAGCAAACAUGUGUACUACUACGGCAUCGGCUGGGGUGCUCCAAUGCUAAUCUGUGUGGUGUCGAUAACAUCAGCUCUGGACAGUUAUGGCGAAAUUGACAACUGCUGGCUGUCACUGCAACACGGGGCCAUUUGGGCGUUUGUGGCGCCGGCUCUGUUUGUCAUUGUGGUGAACGUUGGGAUUCUGAUAUCUGUGACCAGAAUCAUAUCUCGAAUCAGUGGCGAGAACUACAAGGUCCACGGAGAUGCCAACGCAGUCAAGUUGACUGCGAAGGCUGUGGCUGUGCUUCUGCCUAUACUCGGCAUUUCGUGGGUUUUUGGCAUUCUCACUGUCAACUCCAGCUCGCUGCCGUUCCUGUAUAUCUUCACUGUAUUCAACUCUUUACAGGGUUUCUUUGUCUUCUUGUUUCACUGUCUUCUAAACUCUGAGGUCAGAGCUGCUUUCAAACACAAAACCAAGGUUUGGUCUCUCACCAGCAGCUCCAUCCGGAACAUCAACGUGAAGCCGUUCAACUCUGACAUUAUGAACGGAAACAAGGAGGGCGUCACCCCCACCAAGAUGAACACGUGGGACAAGAGCACCAAUUCAGCCAAUCGCAUCGACCUGUCCGCCGUGUAGAGCACAGUUCAGCAUUUAUUUCUGUGCCCAACGCUCGGCGUGUAGAAUGACAAACACUGCCUGAGUCUCUUAUGCAACCAAUCGGACACUCCAAUCCGCUGAAAUGAAAGGUGAACCCGCGAAGGAGGUGUGUUAGUGACUAAUAGCAUCACCUUUAAUGUCAGCCUCUCUCUGAUGACUGUGCCUCACGGUUUGUGUCCCAAGUAUAUAUUGUGUUCCUGAAGACAAGAACGGGGUCCUGUGACAAAACGCAUAGGUGUAGUUCACGGUCGGACGACACUAGCUGUGUAGUGGAGUGUAGUUCGGGGAGGAUAACUAAGUGGCAAGUAUUUAUUUAAAAGAAAAGUCACGGAAUUGAGAAGACGUUUAAAUGUUUUUUGCUGUAAGUUAGAUGACGGGUUCUUGAUAACGUUGUCAUGCAGGUUUAGUAAACAUGAGCAGGUGUCAGCAACAUGUCACUUCAGUGUGGGGACUUGAAACAGAACAAAUCAGCCUGUUAGCUCCUCUGAAGCUCAUUUCACACGUCAUAUGUCCACUAUUAAAGCUGUCACUGAAAAGUGUAAGGAAACCACAAUAAACCUAGUGUCUAAGCACGGCAAAAAAACAAACAAUCUCAGUUUACACAGGAUUGUGUUUUGACAUUUUCAAUACAAGAUUAUAAAAUACAAGAGUAUAACAUCAAUUUACUUGCUGAAAAAGUAUAAUAAAAAAUUUGACUUGUGUAGUUUUGGGGCUAUAGAAUCAUUGGACCAGGGAAAGCUAUGUAUUUUCCUUGAACAUAGUUAGAAGCAGCAACUUAAAGGUUCCAACAGCAGUUAACAGUAUUUAGUAUUAAAAGGGGGAGAUUGAUUAUUUUACCUAGAAGAAAAACAUGAUUCAUUUAGCUUUAAUCCUGUUUUGGGGACAAUGCUGCACAACGACAACAGACAACAUCGUAAUGGAUUAGACCUAUUUCUCAUCUAAUGUAUUUAUUUAUUCUGUGAUUCUAAGUCAUAGCAUCUUCUGUAAGUUGUCACAGUUCAGCAAUCAAUAUGUUUGUGUUUAUUUUGUGUGUUAUGACCCGACUGUGUAUUUGCAGUACCUCACGUCUUAGCAAGUGUGUUAAGCUUUUUUAAGGAAAAGUGAACAAUGGUUGUAAUCCGCACACAAUUCUGUGAAGUUUUAUGGAAUCGUUGGCAUUUCUGCUCAUACUCUCUUUCAGACUUUCAUCAGUUUCGAGGUAAUAAAAUAAGAAGUUCUCCAAUGGAAAGACUUGAUUAGGUUGUUGCUUUUUUAUCAUACUGUGAGAAUUGGACUGUUGACAUUUUUAAAUGUCAUCUUACACUGUACCAAAAUGAAGUUCCCUGAAGUAACUCUGUGCCCAUUUAUCAUGUCAGUUACAUACUUCAAUUUUUCUAAGCUUGUAUAUAUUAUUUGAUAAUUGUUUUCUUAUGGUACUAUGGUCUGUGCUUUCUAUUAUCUUCAUUAAAACAAAUCAGUGUCA